UUCAUUCUCAAACCUCUCUCUUCCUUUCUCUUUUCUCUUUCUUUUCUUCAACAACAUCACUCGUUUUCUAUACCAAAUUUAUAGGGAAAAAAACAACGAAAAGAAAAAUGGAAGAGACAAAGUCCAGAUUCAAGAGAAUUUGUGUGUUUUGUGGAAGCAGUUCUGGGAAAAAGCCUAGCUACCAAUCUGCUGCUAUUGAACUUGGUCAAGAACUGGUGGAAAGAAGGAUUGAUCUUGUUUAUGGAGGUGGGAGCGUGGGACUGAUGGGUCUUGUUUCUCAGGCUGUUCAUGAUGGCGGGCGCCAUGUUCUAGGAAUAAUUCCAAGAACCCUAAUGCCUGUGGAGAUAACUGGAGAGACCGUUGGAGAAGUUAAACCGGUGUCGGAUAUGCACCAAAGGAAGGCCGAAAUGACUCGUCAAGCUGAUGCUUUCAUAGCUUUACCUGGAGGAUAUGGGACUCUUGAAGAACUUCUUGAAGUAAUUACAUGGGCACAACUUGGAAUUCAUCGCAAGCCUGUGGGAUUGUUGAAUGUGGAUGGAUAUUACAAUUCGUUGCUGUGUUUCAUUGAUAAGGCAGUUGAUGAAGGCUUUGUUUCUCCAACUGCACGUCGUAUUAUUGUGUCUGCUCCAACUGCCAAGGCUUUAGUCAGACAACUUGAGGAAUACGUACCGGAGUACGAUGAGAUAACGUCACAGUUGGUGUGGGAAGAUGUUGAAAGGAGAAGUUACGUGGCCGAAUCAGAGAUUGCCACGUAAUUCGUGGAUGCAAAGUCUUUGGAUGGAAAGAAAUGGGUUGUUUUGUCGUUUUCUUUGUGGUAUAUACUUAUAAAAAUAUAUAAAUAUGAUAUAUAUCUAUAUAUUUAUGAGCAAAGCAUGUGAUCUUUGCAUAGGCCAUAGGGCAGCAACUUCCAACACAGCAACUUCCAACACAGCAACUUCCAAACACAGCAAACUAUCUUCUUCUUUUUCAUUAUCUUUAAUUUCCUUAUGGGAUUUUAGGUUUUCAAGUUUUUUUUUUUUUUUUUUUUUGUGGGCAUUUUUGCCAUUUUAUGUAUACGUGUUGGAAGUGAAAAAGGAAAUGGAAAUAGAAAAGACUUCUCUCUUUUUUUUCACUC